AUGGAGAAAACUGUUAUUAAAUGUCCAAAUUGCGUAGCAACAUUUACGUUGAAAAAUAAUAUGUAUGCUCAUCGCCGUACUAUUCACCAAUUUGAACAUUUAAGGAAAGAACCAUACAUUUCUAAAUGCCAUAUUUGUGAUUUAAAAUUUUCAAAUGAAAAGUGUUCAUUUCACUACAUGAAAAAAUUUCACAACAGUUCUAUAAGUAAAAAACAGACAAGAAUAAAAUAUCCUUAUGAAUCAUAUGAUUAA